AUGGAAGCAAAAACGUUUAUUUUUAUUUUCUUAAUAAACUUAGUCAUUAUUUUAAAUCUACAAAAUGCAAAUGGAUAUGAAGACAUUCAAACAAAUGCAGCAGUUGUUUGGGGAAAUGUUAAUGAAACAACAAGAAUUUUUGUACAAAGAUAUUACGAAUAUCCACCACCAGGAUGGUUUGCAUUUGGGGUAGGAUCAUUUUCAUCAACAAUGAUUCGAGGAAUGAUAUUAACCAGAAAAAAUAAUACUGAAGGUAUAUGGAUACUCAGAAAUGGUGGAGUAGGUCAAACGUUUGCAGACUUUGAGUUUAGAGGAGCUGGAGUUGGAAGAGCUUUUGAUUUUGUACUUGAGAUUUUUGGAACAGGUGCAACAAAGAGUAAUUCAGUCUUUUUGAUUACUUUGUCAAGUGCAAUUAUGAUUAUAAAAUAUUUUAUGUACUAA